UUGUAGACUCCACAAGUCGUUUCGACCAAUGAAUGUCAUUCAUUCAUGAUUAUGCCGGGCGGUAUAUAAGUUUAAUAAAACGGCAUUUUGACAUCUGAAACUGUUCAUUUCAUUUGCCAUCGUAACUCAAUUCCCAGUGGUAGUACUGGUAGUGUGUUGAAUAGGUUAGCUAAGAAACAUUUUGGCACUAAUUUAAAUCGGAAUUAAAUUAAGAUGACGGAUCAAGGAUUUUUGAAACAACAACCAGGCUUCGCUACCGUUGCCAUACAUGCUGGACAGGAACCUGAAAAAUGGAAUAGUGCUGCGGUAGUGCCACCUAUUACUUUGUCUACCACUUUCAAGCAACCAGCUCCAGCUGAGCAUACAGGUUUCGAAUACGGAAGAUCAGGAAACCCAACAAGAAAUACCUUGGAAGAAUGCCUUGCAGCCUUAGAGGGUGGAAAACAUGGUUUCACUUUUGCUUCUGGACUAGGAGCGAUCACAACCGUAGCUAUGCUUCUUAACCAAGGUGACCACAUAAUUUCAAUUGAUGAUCUUUAUGGCGGCACCAAUCGUCUUUUAAGGCAAGUUAUAACUAGACUGGGAAUAGAAGUAACGUUCACGGAUAUCACGGUUCCUGGAAAUUUAGAAAAAGCUAUUCAAUCAAACACCAAGAUGCUCUGGUUGGAGACCCCGACAAACCCCAACUUAAAAGUUGUUGAUAUUGCUGCGGCUUCCAAAGUAGUCAAAGAGCAUGGUGAUAUUAUUGUGGUUGUGGAUAAUACAUUCCUCACAUGUUACCUACAAAAGCCGUUGGACUUCGGCGCAGACAUAGUUUUGUACUCAUUAACCAAGUAUAUGAAUGGACACUCAGACGUAGUGAUGGGAUCAGCAGCAACUAACGACGAUGCACUCGCGGAAAAACUUAGAUUUUUACAAAAUGCCAUGGGCGUGGUGCCAUCUCCAUUUGAUUGUUACCUAGUAAACAGAAGUCUCAAAACAUUGGCUUUGCGUAUGGAACGCCAUAAAGAAUCGGCUCUAAUAAUUGCUCAGUGGUUAGAAAAGCAUCCUAAAGUAACUGAAGUUAUGCAUCCAGGACUGCCUUCUCACAAACAUUAUGAGAUUGCCAAAAAACAAAUGACUGGGCAUUCUGGUGUCUUUAGUUUCAAACACUGCGGUGAUCUAGAAGAGUCAAGAAAAUUUUUGAGUUCUUUGAAAAUAUUCACUUUAGCCGAAAGUUUGGGAGGAUAUGAAAGUUUGGCGGAAUUACCAUCGGUAAUGACACAUGCAUCAGUUCCCGAGAAACAGCGAGAGGAGCUCGGUAUCACUCAUUCACUAAUAAGGCUCUCAGUCGGUUUAGAAGACGUAGAAGAUCUCAUUCAAGACUUAGAAAGAGCGUUUAGCGAAGCAUUUUAAUGACAUUAGUAUUUAUCUAAAUAAUUAUCAAUAAAAUACCUAUUUAAUUAAUGUUUUGGUUAAGUUACUUUCGCAAAAGUUAGUAUAAUGUUUAUAUAUUCGUGAAUCAGCAAGAUGUCAGAUCUGUUUUAAUUAUUUUCAAAUUUACUCGAAAUAAUAUGAUAAUAAGCGUGAUAAGUGCAAAAUAUACAGAUAACAAUAGUUAGUGAGAAGGAUAUGUCUCUUGCUUUUACUUCUACAUCUUCACGAUAAACAAAACAUUUAUUCUUUACGUUUUGCUCAAUAUUUAGCACAAUUGCACUGGUGAUAAUGAUAACUUUAUGUAUCUCAUAAAUCUAUGAACAUAUAAAUAGACAAGUAUUGUAAAGCUUGUUUUAUGUAUUACCAUAAUGUUAUUCAAUUGAUUGAAUCUUCAUACAUAAAUCUGUAUUUAAAAACACAAUAGGGUUUACUUGGUGAACUUAACAUAUCAAUAGAAAGGUUAAGUGUGUGCAUUUGUUUAGGCUAUUGUGGAAAUAUUGUCACGACAGUAUUCAACUUAAUUUUACCUUACCUCAUUGUGGUUAGUUAUUUUUAUUUUAUUACGAAGUGCUAUUUUUUUAUGUUUAUCACGAAGUUUUAGCUCCUAUAUUAUGGUAAUCACGUUCAAAACAUAUUAUUUAUCGUUAAUUAGGUACCUACAAUUUUAUUUGUUUAUACACAUUUCUUGUUUUAAUAAUUAUUUCUAUUGUAUAAUUAUAAAAUUAUCGAAAAGAUACAUUGUUACAAUUUUUUAAGUUAUUUGACAUAUUCUUAAAUAUAAAAAAAGAUCAACUCUCGAA